AUGGAUGAGGAUGGGAAUUUUGCAAGAGAUGAUUACCGAUGGAAGCGACGAUGUAUGUCACCGGUACUGUUCGUCAGGGAAAUGCUCGAGUCAGUGGAACCUGCUGUGAAUGCAGUCUGUUCUAAACAAUCGGGAUUUGUGCCAGAGUUGCUGAGCAUCAUUGCAGAUGGUACUGUACCUGAACCGGUUCGCCAAUCGGCUGCUAUUUUCUUCAAAAUGUCCAUCAGUCGCUAUUGGGAGGUCCUUGGUGACGAUAGCGAUUCUGAAGAAGACGUGGCUGAACAGAGAUGCUUGUCGGACGAUGACAAAAACUUUGUCAAGGCUAACAUUCUCAAUACUAUUUGUGAAGCCACCGAAGCGUCGAGAAUUCAACUAGCCAUAGCGAUACAGAACAUCCUUCGUAUGGAUUAUCCGGAUAAGUGGCCGGGUUUCAUGGACCAUCUUUCGACGAAGAUCUCGAAUCCUGCUAAUGCAUCAGUAUUAUCUGCGGGUCUAAUUGUUCUAUACACUGUCGCCAAAGUUUACGAGUUCAAACGAAGCAAGGAGAAGGAAGCAAUCGCUGGACCUAUUUCUAAAAUCGAGCCUCUUGUCUUCUACCAUUGUAAUCAAAUGCUCAAUAAUCAGUCUGCUGAAGCUGUAAUUAUUAAAAAACAAGGAUUGAAAAUCAUCUACGUAUUGACUCAGGUUGGCUGCAUGUGCUAUUAUUUGUCACGUAUGAGGUCAAUAUUU